AUGGCUAAGCCCCGACCUUCCUCACAUGAUAGCCGUGUAUCAACUGACAGCACGCUUGAGCUUGGGCUGGUCUUCAAGCACUCGUUCGCAGUGGCGCACGCUUUGAACGCGCCUACCAGCAUGUAUUUCACAGCAAAGGUGGACGAAAAAGCGAACGCCUUUCGAGUCUUGAAAGAACGGGUCCCUUUUGCAACUACCCUUGGAAGUGUCCACAAUAAGAUGAAAAUUACCGGGAGCAGCGGCUGCAUCGCAAGACCCAACACGUCAUCGUGGUUGACCGCGCAACCCACUGCCAAUGUCGCUCGAACAGACGUCACGUCAAGAUUCAUGAUCAUGCCCAUGUGCUCCACAAACGGACGGACACCGCCUUCGCCACCUUUCGUGUUCCACGAUGCGCCCACAAGCUGGAAGUAA